CAUUUUGGAUCUUCAUCAUUUGUUCGACACUAUCUUCAAAUUGAACACAGACAAGAUGGCAUCAGAGAUCACGUUGUUUGAAGAUGCGAAUAAAGAAUUUUUAACAUGCUCAAUCUGUAAGGACAUUUUCAAACACCCGAAACAGCUAAAAUGCAUGCAUAACUUCUGCCAAGAUUGCCUACAACCUUUAAUGAAUGAAGCAACUUCAUGCAAGAUAAAGUGCCCCCUCUGCCGUGAAGAAGUUGAGCUGAUGGGAGACACCGUUGCUGAACUACAAGACAAUCUUUUCCUCAGUAAUUUGUGUGAGUUAUUUCUAGUUGCUAAUCUCAAUACCGUGGACGUCCUCUGCUCAUUUUGUUCAGAAGUAUUAACUGAAGGAAAUUCGUCACGUUGCAUCGAUUGUUCCGACAACCUCUGCGAUAAAUGUGCAAAGGCACACACCCUGACCCGUGUGACAAGAAAUCAUCAAGUCAUCUUGAUGUCUGAGCUUAAAACGGACACACUGGUGAGAAAAUCGAGAGAAGGAAACGCCAAAAUACCAUGCCAGAAACACUCAAAUAACCAUUUGGAGUACUUCUGCCAAACAUGUCAAGUACCCGUAUGCCUCGGAUGUACAGUUGUAGAUCACAAUCAACGUGAUCAUUGUCUCAUAAAUCUACAAGAUGGUCCGACCAAAGAAAAAUUCAAGGAGGAGAUAACUGAGCAACUUAACAAGCUGGAAGAAAUCAUACCAUCCUUUGAAAAGAAUAUUGAUAUUGCAAAUAAGCGUAUGCCCCACCUACUUGUCUCCGUUCUUCUGAUAAAAAUCUUUUAG